AGAGCACCUUCGCGUCCCACAACACCUUCCUGAUCCCGCAGACAAACCACUCCAAAAUCCCAAUCGCCCGCCCGCCCUCGAUCGACAUCAAACCCUAGCAGCAGAUCGGGCAGCCGCCGGUCGGGAUGGAGGGGCUCGACGUCGACGAAGUCUUCCACCACUACCGGCUGAGCCCUACGGAAGUGGAGGCCGUCACCUACUACCUGCCACGCCUCCUCUCCGGCGAGACGCUGCAGGCCGUCGACAAGCUCAUCCACCGCGUCGAAAUCUCCGGCUGCGAGCCCAAGGAUCUGGCCGCCCGAUACGCGCCCGUGCCGCAGGCCGUGAGCAGCGGCGACCGGUUCUUCUUCACCACGUGCAAGAGCAAGAACGGGAGCAAGCUCCAGAGCGUGCGCGGCGCCGGCGCCGGCACCUGGAGCAUCCAGAAGACCACGGAGAUUAGCCACGCGGGAGUCAAGGUCGGCGAGGUCAGGAACCUGUCCUUCAAGAAGAAGGGCAAGUCGACAGGCUGGGUCAUGGAGGAAUACCAGUGCCUGCUGCCGGAGGCCACCGUCUCCGACGGGGUGAAGGUGUUCUGCAAGAUGCACUUGGCUCAGCAUGCCCCUGACGCGGCCCGCCAGGAAUCGGCCGCGUACAAGCUUCAGCAACAGCAACCAGAGGCCGCGACCCCGAGCACGCACGCGCAGAAGAGGCCAGCGACCGCUGCCGCCGCCGAUCCUCAUCCGCCGCGCCCCAAGAAGAGGACGUGCGUUGCCGUCCCCGUCCCGGUCCCGGCAUCUGCCACACCGUCGUUCUUGAUGUAUGAUGAGGCAGCCAGAGCAAUGCAUGGCCCGCUGCCUCACACCAACUUCCCUGUUCAGUAUGCACAAGCAUCAUGCGAGUCCACUACAACAUCCAGCCGCUCCGACGUUGCUCAAGCUCCUGAGAUUUCCUCCCAGUCACAUGUGAUGGAGUGCACCCAAUCACAAGAGGCUGGCUCGAGCAUUGCAAGGAGCACAUCUGAAGAGGAUGUCUUUGAGCCAUUGGGGCCUAUUUCCGAUUUGCCGGAUUGUGGGGAAGAUGGUUUUGAUCUUGAAGAACUUAUGAGAAUGAUGGAAGACGACCCAAUUGAAGUUGAGCCGGUCACUGAAGCCAACACUGGCGUGGAGAUGGGCCAACAGGAACCUCUGUACCUGGAUGCCUUGGACCAAGGCGUGCUGGAGGGCAUGCUGCAGUCUGAUGACCCUUACCCAAUGUGGAGAUCAGAGGAUCAGGCCAUGCACAACCCUGCCUUCCAUGAUGCUGACAAGGAGAAGAGGUACAAUGCCGCGUCGGAUCUUGACGCUCCAUGGCUUCAGGGACAGGACCACUUGUUCAAACCGCGGCCGUGCUCCUUCGAUCCAUUUGAAGCAGCGUGGAAGGCCGAAGAGGCGCUCGAGAAGGAGAAGAGGUGCAAUGCCGCGGCCAAUCUUCACGCUGGAGGGCACAACAACUUCUUCUCGCCUGCAAGUGUCUAUUAAAUCCGAUGUUGAAGCUCUUUUCAAAGUGUAUGCGAGGAUACUCACUGGCUGAUGUAUUAGUUCGUCCAUGUACGAUCGCCACGGAUGUACCUCUGAGCAAUUUGCUCCACUUGUUCAUGCAAGCUACUAUAAAACUGUUGUUGUUGUUC